UUUUUUUUAGGACUUUAGAUGUUAAAUAUCGCUUUAAAUCCCAUUGUUACGUUUUUGCAACAUACUGGUGGUAAAUUUUGUGGCAAAACAUUGGCUACACUGACUACAGGUAGUCCAGAGGCAGCCAUCUUGUUGUUGUGAUUCUUGGAUUUUACGUGCUCUGCAAUUCAACAGCUUUAGAGAAGCCAUACUCCCAAAAAAAGGUAAGUUAGCUAAAUCAAAAAAAUACUAGGUGUUGAGAAUUUCAUUAUUUAAGUAUAUUAAUUGAUUACAUAAGUUGUUUUCACAAAUUUUCAAAGUUUACAGCUCGAAAACCGUUUGAGUCUUUAUUGCAACAUUGGGCCAUAACCUAGAAAACUCUCGAUUCCGCAUUGUGUCUUUAAUGCAACAGUGGGCCAAAACCUGAAAAUCUGUUAGUAUAUUUUUUGCAACAUUGGGCCAUAAUGGCUGGGUAUAAACUUAGUUUUCAAGGUAUAUAUUUGUUUCCAAAUAAGCAUAAUUCAUUACAAAAGAGUCUCGAAGAUUUAUGCUAUUGUAAAACUAAAAACCUAUAUUUGUAAUUAGAGAUGAAUCGAUCAAGGAGGGAUCCUCGUCCUCCGGUUUAUCUCACGAGUGAAGAAAUAGAGGAAUGCUGUAUGCUGCCACCUGAUUCGAGUGACGAUGAUAGUGCAGACGACAGUGACGCCGACCCAGAUUACGACCCAGACCUUGCCCACACAAACCGACUGGAAAGAUUUAUGCAAUCUAAAUACAAUAAUGACGAAGAAAUGAACUCCGAAGAAGACAACUUAGCAGAAAUUCGAAAUGAAACCUCAAGUCAAGCAGAAGAGGAAGAACCGUCUACUUCUACGCAGGCACCAAGGAAGACCAACAAAGAUAAGCCUCCACCCCCACUUUGGACAAAAUGUGGAUGCUGCCGAAAGUGUAAGAGAGCCUGUUAUCUGGAAAGGCACACUUCCUGA